AUGCGCAACCCAUUUGAAUUGGAUGGCAGCGUCGAUGGCGACUCGGAGCCUCCGAACGAUUUUGAAAUCAGCGAGCAAUCCUCCAACCAAUUCGAUGUUGAGAUCCGACCGCAUCAAACCGACGAUGGGGACCGCUCCUUGUUGCAGGAUGAAGAGCGACGAAACGACGAUCUAAAGGAGCGUUUCAUUGGUACUAUUGAUCAGGGUACAACCAGCACACGCUUCAUCAUCUUCGAUUGUACAGGUGUCCCCAUUGCCAAAUACCAGACCGAAUUCCGUCAAAUCCACGAACACCCAGGAUGGCACGAGCAAGACCCUUACGAGUUGGUAGAGUCGGUCUUCAUUUGUAUCGAGGAGGCCAUGAAAACCUUCCUCGCCCUGGGUCACUCCCGUUCCGAUGUCGAGGCCAUUGGGAUCACUAGUCAGCGAGAGACUGCCCUAGUCUGGGAUUGGGAAACUGGGGAACCCCUGCACAACGCCAUUACCUGGACCGAUACACGGACCGCCAACUUGGUGCGUGAACUGAAGAACAAAAAGGGCGCGGACGACCUAGUCAACAUUUGCGGUCUGCCCCUCUCUACAUACCCCUCUUCGGUGACGUUGCGCUGGAUGCUGGACAACCUCCCCGACGUCCGAUCCGCCUACGAUGACGGCCGUGCCGCCUUCGGUACAGUCGACUCUUGGCUCAUCUACAACCUCAAUGGUGGCCCGCAAAACAAGCGCCUCGUCACCGACGUUACCAACGCCUCCCGUACCAUGUUCAUGAACCUCGAAACCUUGCAAUAUGACGACCGCCUUUUAGAUUUCUUCGAUAUCGACCGUAACAAGAUCCGACUUCCUGAGAUUCUUCCCUCCGCCGACCGGGAGGGCUUCGGUGAGAUCUAUGAGGGUCCGUUGGAAGGAUGUCCCAUCACCAGUUGUCUGGGUGACCAGGCCUCGGCGCUGGUCGGCCACUGUGCCUUCACCCCAGGAUCCGCCAAGAACACCUACGGAACCGGUUGUUUCCUUCUCUACAACGUGGGCGAGAAGCCCGUCAUCUCCAAACACGGCCUUCUCGGCACUGUCGGAUUCCAGCUGGGCCGGGACCGCAAACCCGUCUAUGCCUUGGAAGGCAGUGUCGCCGUCGCAGGCAGUGGUGUUUCCUUCCUGAUGAACAACAUGGGUUUCUUCCGCGACUCGCGCAAGGUCAGUGAUCUUGCUGCCACCGUUCCGGACAGCGGAGGCUGCAUCUUCAUCACUGCGUUCAGUGGUCUCUUCGCGCCGUACUGGAUUGAUGACGCGCAGGGCACCAUUUGGGGCAUUACCCAGCACACACAACGAGGACACAUUGCUCGUGCUACCAUGGAGGCCGCAUGCUUCCAGACCAAGGCUAUUCUCGAUGCCAUGGAGAUGGACAGCGGCAAGAAGUUGACAGAGCUGGCGGUGGACGGCGGCAUGAGUAACUCGGACAUUUGCAUGCAGACACAAGCCGAUAUCAUUCAGAUCCCCGUCGAACGACCCGCAAUGCACGAAACCACCGCCCUAGGCGCCGCCAUCGCCGCCGCCUUCGCCAUCGACGUGUGGAAGGACUUCUCCGACCUGAAGCACAUGAACCGCGCCAACCGAGCCACUUUCGAACCUAGUAUUACCCCCAAAGCCAGCCAAAAGAUGUACAAGAAAUGGUCCAAGGCCGUGGAGAUGUCACGGGGCUGGAUGGAUGUCGGCGAAGAUUCCGACGUUGACUAA